AAGGCGGAGUCAGGGCGUUUCUGGGAGCACCGGAGCUGGGCAGCAGAAACCGCCUGGGCUGGCACUCACCCUCGACCCACCUGCCCUGUAAUGGUAGUCUAUCAGUAGUAGGUUCCAGGUUCCCCAGGGCAUGUAGGCAGAGUUAGCGGCUGCCAAGUGGUCAGAGCCACAGCGCUCCAGGUACUCUGGGACUUUCUCUAUCUGCAGUGCUCUCUAGCUCCUGCGGAGAUGCCAAACUGACAGGAGAGCCAGUAAGGACAAGAACGCUCCCUUUCGACCCAAGUCCACUGCACCCAUGGCUCUGCCAGCCAGUCUGUUGCCCCUGUGCUGCUUGGCACUCCUGGCACUAUCUGUCCAGAGCUGCGGGCCAGGCCGAGGACCGGUUGGCCGGCGGCGUUACGUGCGCAAGCAACUUGUGCCUCUGCUCUACAAGCAGUUUGUGCCUAGUAUGCCCGAGCGGACCCUUGGCGCGAGUGGGCCAGCGGAGGGGAGGGUAACAAGGGGGUCGGAGCGCUUCCGGGACCUCGUCCCCAACUACAACCCCGACAUAAUCUUCAAGGAUGAGGAGAACAGCGGCGCUGACCGCCUGAUGACAGAGCGUUGCAAAGAGCGGGUGAAUGCUCUAGCCAUCGCGGUGAUGAACAUGUGGCCCGGAGUACGCCUACGCGUGACUGAAGGUUGGGACGAGGAUGGCCACCACGCACAGGACUCACUGCACUACGAAGGCCGUGCCCUGGACAUCACCACGUCUGACCGUGACCGUAAUAAGUAUGGUUUGUUGGCGCGCCUAGCAGUGGAAGCCGGAUUCGACUGGGUCUACUACGAGUCCCGCAACCACAUCCACGUGUCGGUCAAAGCUGAUAACUCAUUGGCGGUCCGAGCCGGAGGCUGCUUUCCGGGAAAUGCCACGGUGCGCUUGCGGAGCGGCGAACGGAAGGGGCUGAGGGAACUCCAUCGUGGUGACUGGGUACUGGCCGCUGAUGCAGCGGGCCGAGUGGUACCCACGCCGGUGCUGCUCUUCCUGGACCGGGACCUGCAGCGCCGCGCCUCGUUCGUGGCUGUGGAGACCGAGCGGCCACCGCGCAAACUGUUGCUCACACCCUGGCAUCUGGUGUUCGCCGCUCGGGGGCCAGCGCCUGCUCCAGGUGACUUUGCACCGGUGUUCGCGCGCCGCUUACGCGCUGGGGACUCGGUACUGGCUCCCGGCGGGGACGCGCUCCGGCCUGCGCGCGUAGCCCGCGUGGCGCGCGAGGAAGCCGUGGGCGUGUUCGCACCGCUCACGGCUCACGGGACGCUGCUGGUCAACGACGUCCUCGCCUCCUGCUACGCGGUUCUAGAGAGUCACCAGUGGGCCCACCGCGCCUUUGCUCCUUUGCGUUUGCUGCACGCGCUCGGGGCGCUGCUCCCCGGGGGUGCAGUCCAGCCGACUGGCAUGCAUUGGUACUCGCGCCUCCUUUACCGCUUGGCGGAGGAGUUAAUGGGUUGAGCUUCCAAGGACAGAGGUCCACCAGGCUUUGCAAGAAACCGAAGGCCCCGAGACCUGCUAGCUGAGAUCUGAAGAUGUGGGCAGCAGGUGGGAGAGAGGGCGGCGGGAAAGAGAGAGAAAAAAAGGUGGGCUGUGGUUUAGGCAAUCUGAGAGGAGUGGUACCUGGUCCUUGAUAACUGGGUUUUGCUGGUAGGCACUCUUUUUUUUUUUUUUUUUUUUUUUUUUUGGAGCUGGGGACCGAACCCAGGGCCUUGCGCUUCCUAGGCAAGCGCUCUACCACUGAGCUAAAUCCCAACCCCUGGUAGGCACUCUUUAAGGAGGACUUUUUUGCGGUUUCCCCAGUCGCACGGAUAAUUUUAUUUCCUAUUUAUAAUUUGUAAUAUGAUGAUGCGCUUGCUCAGCCCACCAAGGUGAGGACCUGGAGUGUGGCUUUAACACUGUCUGACCCAGCCAGUCAGCCUGACAGCUCACACUUUCACUUUCUCCUCCUCAGGUGGGUUAAUAAAGGGAAGGCUUAUUGGAAAACACCUUCACUUGGGUGAUUCACCUCCAAAGAGGAGGAGAACUAGGACUAAUCGAGUCCACACCUUGCUUCCAGCUCGCCCUUCUUCCUCAGCAGGAUCUUCCAAACCCUCUUGCUGAAAAGGGUGCCCCAAUCUGUCAGGAAUGGACCAGAAAUAUCCUGUCCUUUUUAAGGUACUGGUUCCACUACUAGCCGGGACCAGAACUUUGCUUAUGAGGAUGUGUACCAACUUUGAGUGGGGUGGGACUUACCAAGGGAGCACGAAGAUUGAUGCUCGACCCAUUUGGAGUUUUCUAUUGUUAGCUAUUGUGACCUAACCCUGUAGACUGGAUCAGCCCAGCAGUCAUCCUGCCUGCUGAAGUGGUCUGAUUUUUAUCCUGGGAUUUUGUUAGGCCAACUGAUGAACCAUGGGUGUUCCUUACAGUUCACCACACAUUCGUGGCCAAAAUAAAGAUCCUAGAGUGAGCAGG